AUGGAGCGAUGGGAGAAGAAGCCUGUUAAGAUGUCUGUGCCACAAUUUGGAGGGUGGGAAAAUAAGCCUAAAGGAGUGCCUACUGACUACUCCAUGGUGUUCAACCAAGCUCGAGAAAACAAGAAGAAUCAUAAAAUAGAUUUAACUGAAGUCAGGCGUCUCAGCGGUGGGAAUGAUAGGAAUGCGGUCAACAAUGCUACAAAUUAUCGUCAUCGUCAUGGUCAUGGUGGUGGUCGCGGUCAUGGUCAUGAUUUUGGUCCUGAACAAACUCACCAUCACCAUCAUCAUCAUCAUGCUACUCCAGAUCCUCCUGUCAUGGAAAGAAGGAAUAUUUGGAGUUACAUGAGCUGUUGUAUUAUGAGGCCUCGCUAUGAUAAUAAUUUUUAA